GACGCCCUUCCAAACAUUGGCCCUCGUAGACCUAAAUUGACGCCUCAUAUUCGAAGACAUUUAGCAACAAGCGUAGCUGAAGAAGAUCUACAUGAUUAGCUAAGGAUUGCCGGAAUUAGGCAUUGAUACACGUUGGAAUUCUCAUGGGCGACGAUGUAAUGUCAUUCAGAGUUUCAGAAAGAGGAUUGAGAAUCUCUGUCCUUCCCUAAAGCAUCAAUUCAAUCGGGGAAAGAUGGAAGAACCUGUUGGUGUCAAGAUCGAUACUCUGCUUGAUCAUCUCAAAGAGUUUUCCAGGUAUUAUACAGGGUAUCCGCGCGAGGAACGGGUUUCACGAGUUCUGGAGUUCAAAUCAGAGCGUCAGUUUGUUGAGCUUCUGCACCAGGGCGAGCCAGUGGCUGUUGCCUUUACACUCAAAUGUCCGUGGACACGGAGAUUUGAUCGUGUCCUGGAGGAUGCAGCUGCUGAAUGGUACCCACAUAUCAAGUUUGUUCGAGUAGAUUGUCCUAAGUACCCAGGUUUUUGUAUUGCAAGGCAACGGAAGGACUACCCCUUUGUUGAGAUAUUUCACAGCCCCAAACCGGCACACACUCAGGAAGGCGUAAAAGACCGUUCUAUAUCACGUUACAGUGUCAAUGUUACUCCGUACAAUUACGACAUGAGCGCAUAUGGAUUUCGUGAAUUUUUCAAGCGCCAUCAGACAGCGUUUCAACCGCCAGCCGACAAAUAGCCUUCAUUACAGAUACUUCUGAAGUUGUACAUUCCCUAACGAAAUGAGGAAAGCAGUUUUCGUAGAGCUCAUUCAACUCAGCUUAAUGUAUGAACACAACUAAAAACCGAUAUUCCUUUCCAAGUCUUCAUUGAGAUCUCUUGAACAUUUGAAAUGCAAGUGGUGUUGUUGAGACGAA